UCUCCUGAGCACUGCCCUGGGUGAAGGCUUCUGUUCCGCUGCUCCUCUGAUCCUCCUUCCACCAUGGAAGCAGCUCCUGAGAUGGAAUUGGUGCAAACGCCUCCGGCCCGUAACCUGAACGGCAACUGGCACUACCAAUUCCGCAUCCUUCUGCUGGGCGACUCCAUGGUGGGCAAAACGUCUCUGCUCAGAUGCUACACGGAGGGGUGCUUCGUUCCAUCCCCAUGCCCCACGGUGGGCGUGGAGUUCUACAGCAAGAUGAUGGAGCUGCCCCCAGGCAUCAAGGUGAAGCUACAACUUUGGGACACGGCUGGCCAAGAGAGGUUCAGGUGCAUCACCAGAUCCUUCUACCGGAACGCAGUCGGUGUUCUCUUGGUCUUCGAUAUGACCAACCGGAGGUCCUUUGAGAGCAUCUUUGAUUGGUACCAUGAAGUGACCAGUGUUAUGGAGAAGGUUGUCUUCCUCUUGGUCGGCCACAAAAGUGACCUUCAGUCAAUGAACAGAGUCACAGUUGAAGAAGCAGAGGGACUGGCCAUUUCUUUGGGCACACAAUUUAUUGAAACGUCUGCCAAGGACAACCUCAAUAUAGAUUUGGCUUUUGCAACCAUCACCAAUGCUAUCUACGACGCUCUGAGAAACAAGGAGAUUGACCUGCAGGAAGGGUGGGAUGGUGUGAAGGUGAUUCAUAAGAAGAGAACUAGCGGUCUUCAGAGAAGGAAGAAGGCCCCGCAAGAAAAAUGCAAUUGCUAACCAAAGUCAAGGAGUGAGACGUGGUUGGAAGGGGGCAGUGGGUGGGCUCUAAAGAGGAGAUAUGAGCAGAACUCUUUCAUAGCCAAGGUUCUGAGAUGCAAGCUACAGAGGACCUAAAUGACUGGUUGACCCUCAGAGUGACAUUCACUCAUCAGCAUUCAAGACUGUUGUGGGAUGCAUACUUAUGAAGGGCAGGGCUGGAGUCAAGAGUGG